AUGACAGCACUUGAAUACGUCGAAAAUGACAGCGAUAUGGUUAGGAUAAAAGAGCUUGAGCUACAGAACGAAUACCGAAUGCGUGAGUUAGAAGUGCGUCAGAGAGAGAACGAGUGUCGUAUGCGUGAACUAGACAUAGAGAGAGAAAUCAAAUUAAAGGAGUUAGAGCUCAGAGCGGCCUCACCCGCUGCUGUGCCGUUUAACAUAACUGCUAACGCAAAAUUGGUUCCCCCAUUUCAAGAGAAUGCUGUUGACAAUUACUUUCGAUAUUUUGAGAAAAUAGCAAUUAGUUCUGAUUGGCCAAAAGAACAAUGGACGGUACUGCUUCAAUCUGUCCUCACUGGUAAAGCUCAAGAAAUUUACAUGUCAAUGUCCGUGACGGAUUCUCGUGACUAUGAUAAAGUAAAGACGGCUGUGUUUAAAGGGAUACGAGUUGGUGCCGGAGGCCUACCGCUUAAAGUUCCGUAAUCUGCGGAAAAGGGACAAUCAGAGCUUUUUAGAUUUUGCCAGAGAGAAAGAUGGCUUGCUUGCUCGUUGGUGUGAGAGUGAGAAAGUAGAUAAUGAUUGUGAUAAACUAUAUCAACUGAUUCUUGUAGAAGAAUUUAAGAAAUGUCUACCUGACCGCAUUAAGAUGUAUUUAAAUGAAAA